CUUCUGUCUUAUAAUUUGUGUCCAACUUCGCCGGUGUUGGAACAAAUCAUUAUUAGUUGUUUCUGUUGUUGGGUUGCAAGCGUCAGCAAGAUGUUCAACGUUCGCCUCCUCUUUAUCAUCCUGGCGUCACUGAUCAGCCAAGUGGCCGCCUCAGACGAGUUCUCGCCCAGCUACGACGCCUACAACAGCGCCUCGUACGGCGCCCGCCCGGACAACAUAUUCCACUCGACCGAUAUUGUCGCGCCGUUGCUGCAGAUCAACACAUGGAACCAUGACGCCGUCUCGACAGCCGGGUCGCACAUCUUCCUCCGCCACGACGGCGAGAAGUCUUCGCCACUCAUUCUCAACGCCGGCGAUCUGAGCGUCGUUUACGUAAACCGCAGCUACGAGGCCGUCUUCGACCUUCGCGUCCAGCAGAGUCGGGGACAAAACUACCUGACUUUCUAUGCGGGGCCUAUUGUUGACGGUCAUGGAAACGGGUAUGGGCUCGUGCUCAACGAAGCGUACGAGCUGGUGCACAUGGUUUCUGCGCAGAAUCUGAGCGUGCAUAGCGACUUGCACGAGUUCCAGCUCACGGGGCAUGGAACGGCGCUCGUGACAGCGUAUGAGAAGGUCAAGAAGGAUCUGAAGCCGUGGCGCGGAUCAAAGUAUGGGUACAUUGUGGACUCGGUGUUUCAGGAAAUUGAUUUGGAGACCAAUGAGCUGCUUUUCAUGUGGCGCGCUUCGGAUCAUAUUGAUCUUGCGGACUCAUACCAGAAGGUUGGGCAGGACUGGGAUUUCUUCCAUAUCAACAGCAUUACGAAGACCACAGCCGGCAACUACCUCAUCUCGGCACGCCACAUGCACUCCAUCUAUCUCAUCUCCGGCACGACAGGCGACAUCCUCUGGACCCUAGGGGGUAAGAAAAACGAUUUUAUUGAGCCGAACCGCGGCAUCGAGAGCGGCUUCAGCAACGAUGCCCUCGCCUUCGCGUGGCAGCACCACGCCCGUUUCUUUCACGGCAACGAGAGCGAGCUGACCUUCUUCGAUAAUCACGUCCUCGUUACGACCGUGGGGUGUAAACAAGACUGCUCGCGGGGUGUGCAUGUGGCGCUCGACACCUCCGACCAGAAAACCGUCACCUUGCUCCAGGAGUACCUUCACCCCCAGAGCCUACAGGCGCAGUCCCAGGGCAGCGUGCAGCCGCUCGAGGGGGGAAAUGUAUUUGUGGGCUGGGGGAGAAGCCCGAGUUUCACGGAGCAUGAUGCUCAGGGAAAUGCGGUGUUGGACGUGCAGUUUGCGCCGUGGCAUUCAAAGGGCAUAGAUAGUCUGGAUAAUUACCGGGCGUACAAAAUGGACUGGACUGGACAGCCGAAGUGGCCUCCCAGCGUGGCGGCCGUCAAGGAUCAUAAGGAUAAUUCGAAGGUGUACGUGAGUUGGAAUGGGGCGACUGAGGUGAGGGAGUGGGUUUUGCUCGCGAGUGAAUCCCGAUAUGACCUGAACGGGUUCAAGAAGGUCGUCGCUAGGGUGCCCAAGAGCGGUUUCGAAACAAGCUUCGACCUCGGGCCGAACAUGAAGGAGAAGUUCGCCCGUGUGGCGGCGCUGGAUGUCGAGGGGAUGAUCCUGGGCUCGACGGGCAUCGUGCAAAUAUCCACAGGGAGGGUUUCCGAGUCGAAUACUGAGAUCACGUCGGUGGUGCAGACGGAGGCCGAGGCGGCUGAAAGUCAAAGUGAGGACGAUGACGAAGACAAAUAUGAUGACCACGGCUCGAGCAGCGUGGCGACUACCAUGGACGCAGACAUACCCGGUGCCAUCCUAUUCCCCAAGGGCGUGCAUAUUGCGUUAGGUUUGGUCAUGAUUGUCGGCUUGGUGCUAGUUACAGUGCUUUCUUGAGGUUCCUGCGACCGAAGUCAAGAUGACGAUACACCAAUCACUCGGACGACUGCUGCGUCUUGUGUCGAAAGACAUGUUGACGUGUUGACGACUAUCAAUACUCUGCGCCGGUACGGCCAUGAGCUGCCACGGAGCAGCGGACAAGUUUACCGGCACGCGAGCUGCCUC